AAUGAAUACACCGCUGUUUAGUUGCCUGUUUUGACCAUCGUUAUUACAUUGGUCGGUAGGCCUAUCUGUAACACUGCAAAAUAUAAAGCGGCAGUGUGGGCAUAUCGCAGUACAAUUACAAAUGCCGGAGUAAUCUUCACGUGAUUUAUGCAUUUUUAUUCUCUAAAUUUAGCCUAAUCCUAGAUAAAGUCAACCUGGGAGUUAAAUUAGAAAUGUAGAUUUGUUUUAAUUUUAAUAUAGGCCUAAUGUGUAGACCAAAAUGAAACCUCUCCCUCAAUAAAACAAAGGAGCUGAUCGUGGACUACAAGAGACAACAGAGAGAGCACGCCCCAUCCACAUCGAUGGGGCCGCAGUAGAGAGGGUCAAACGCUUCAUGGUCCUCUUCGGCGUGCACAUCACCGAGGACAUGAAAAGGUCCCCCCACACCGAGAUCGUUGUGAAGAAGGAGAAAUAACGCCUCUUCAACCUCAGAAGGCUGAAGAAAUUCGGCUUGGUCCGUAAGAGCCAUCGCUACAGUGUCUGUGAGUGAUGAUUUGUUCCCAGGACUCAGCGAGGGUACUGGUGACUGAGCUGAGUGGGUCUGGUCAGAUGAACCCAACCCCUGCUGCUUAUGAGGACUCUGACAUGCAGGUGGAGCUCUACCUCUCUCCAGAAAAGCUGGUGGGGCUCCUAUUGAAAGCCUUGUCGGGAACAGAAGACCUAGUUCAGGUCACUUCCCUGGAAAUGUGUGUGGACACUCAGGAGAGCACUCUGGGCAACUUUGGUGCCUACUUGCCCAAGCUGGUGCAGCUGAAAAUGAACAACAGUAUGAUAAUGUCAGUGAGGGACCUGGGAACCACGCUGUCCCAUCUGCAGGUGCUGUGGAUGUCUCGCUGCAACCUGGCAGACCUGGAUGGGAUUCCCUCCUUCUCCUCUCUCAAGGAGCUGUAUGUGGCCUAUAACAGUGUGUCGGACCUGAGUCAGGUGAGCAUGCUGGAGAAUCUACAGCUGUUGGACCUGGAAGGGAAUGAUGUGAAUGACCUGGUGCAGGUGCAGUACCUGGGCCUCUGCUCCCAGCUCCGCACACUUACCCUAGAGGGAAACCCCGUCUGUAUGUUCCCCCACCCCAACGCCACACAGGAGGAGGAGGAGGGGUACUGCUACCGGUCAUUGGUGAGGGAGCUGGUCCCACAGCUGCGUUACCUAGACGACAUGCAUGCCAGGGAGGAGGCGGGGUCUCGCUCUAGCAGCUCCAUGGGGGAAGACUGGGCCCUGCUCAGAGAGUCUUUUAAAGACUGCAGCUCUACAGAGACAGCUGAGGAGAAGAGAGCAGCCAGUGUGUGUGUCUACUCCAGACCCAGCUCUGGCCAGCACCUAGCUAGCAGCCUCUCCAGUUCCCGUCCCUCCAGCCGACCAGUCACUGCCAGGCCCCUCUCAGCAGCCGGCUCCACACCCCUCUCUGGGUCGCGACCCUUAUCAGCGGCUGGGUACAGAGCCCUCUCCCCUCCUGGGUCCAGAUCUGGUUCUGCUGAUGCAGAUCCAGUCUCUGUGGACCCAGACGCUAGCAUUCUGACACACGGUGCAGGGAAGGUCUUGUUCUGUGGGAGCCCUGUCCAGGCCCUCAGAGCCAGGCGACAGAAGAUGAGGAAUGCAGCCCCCUCCCCUGUGUCCACUCCUAGCACCCCGCCCCUCCAUGUUCCGGAGCACACCUAUGACCUUGAGGAGCAAGAAGGAUGCCAGGGCAGUGAUGUGUUCUCUGAGCUCAGGGCCUGGAGGGAACAGCAUAACAAACGUCUAUUAGCCAUGGAGAGGGAUGGGCCUCAGAUACUGACCAUCCUCAAUGGUGAUGAAGAGGAGGAUGAUGAAAGUCUCAACAUUUUCAGUGGCAAGGAGGAAGAAGAGGAGGGAAAAAAAGAGAGCGCUGGUUUGAGUCACUGGUUAAACACUGACUCGACAGACUCGUCUUCCCAGUCCCCCUCUCCAGAUGUGUUUCCGAGAGAAGCCAAAUCCCCUGAAGUGGCCCGGCUCUCCCUGUCCCCUGACUGCACUCUGUCGCCCUCUCCCCCUCAAAGUGCCACAUCAGCCCCUGGUAGCCGGAGGCUGUCAGUGCUGCGAGCACACAGACUGAGGCUCAGUGGUGGGGUGGCUGGGGCUGUUGUAAGGCCUGCUGAAGACCAUACAGACUCAGAGACGGUCACAGGAGUCCGCAUCUUGGAGAGCCAGGGGCUCCAGGAGGCUGUGAGGCCCAAAGUCCCUCUGCUGCUCAAGACUACUUACCACAUGCCCCACAGGCCAGCCUCCAGCCCACUGGUCAGAGGGCUCAGGUCACCAACAGGUGGAGCUUCUGUGCAGUCUGUCAACGGGCUUCAACCAAUCGUCUUGUGCAGACCACCAGGGAGGCCGGCUAUUAUGCGUCCUCACGCGGCCAAGGCAGCUCUGCAGAAAACGCCACAGCGCCUCACACUCCAGCCCAGCAGGGGGAACUCUCACUUAGACUAAGCCACACAAUGUCUGGGAUUGUUUCCUGAGAGGGGAACACUCAAAACAGGAGCUGAGGCAGAGAUGGAGAUUGUCCUCCAGGUCCCCGCUCUUCUGAGCUGAGCCAACUUGUGAUGUGAAGACUUCCUUAGAGUGCAGUGACAAGUCUCCCUCUAUGUUAUGUUUAGGAAAGAGGACACUGGGGGCUGGAUUACAUCCAACUGUCACCUGGAGAAUGGAACAUAAAAGCUGUGGAAUCCAAGUUUGAACUUGCUAUCUCAGUGUUCUGACUUCCUCUGAUGGACAGUUAGAGAAUCACCUGCAUCCCUCUGCUCUGUCAGCUCAGUACAGUACUGACAAUGACUCUGAUACUGAGCUCACAUUGGCUUUACUAAGGACAACAGCUCUAUUUGAAAAGGUUUAUAGUUUGGUCGAAGAUAGAUAUAUUUCUUGGAAAGGCCUUUAAAUUGAAUUAGUAUGCUUUUCACAAUGCUGCAUUUUUGUGGGACUUAAGUGUGUUUCACAUGUCUCAUUCAUGUCUCAUAUCUGUGUUUUUCAGUUUGAAUUACAUUUUGUACUGUUUUUAUUCACUCAAGUACUACCUUAUCCACACCUUAAAUAAAAACAUAGUUUGAUCAACAAA